GGUUACUUAGAAUCGUUUAAAUAAAGUUGUGGCUUGAUGUUUAAGGUGUAAGGUUUUGUAUAUACAAAAUGGAAAUCCAAAUGCGUAGCAUAAUGUUUCAUCUAUUUCUAUCCCUUCUGAUUCAUACGCAAAUCCAAGCCGUUGGUUCACUUGAUCAAGCUUCUGUGUCAUCUAUUGAUGUAAAACGUCAUCAUUUAACGGUAGAAACGAUGCCGUUUUCGGGUGAUUUUGUGCGUAGGCAGCUUGCCGGUGGAGGUGGUUCUUCAGGUGGAGGAGGGGGAGGCGGAGGCUCUCGAGGUGGUUCUUCAGGUGGAGGAAGCAGUGGUGGAGGAAGUCGUGGAAGUGGAGGCGGUGGAAAAAGUGGAGGAGGAAGCUCAAACCGUGGUGGCAGCGGUGGCUCUGGAGGAAAUAAGGCUGGAAAAGGUGGUGGCAGUCGUGGUGGCGAUGAUGGUGACGGUGGUGGAGAUGGUGGUGGUGAUAGCGGAAGUAGUGGAAACACUAGAGGUGGAGGACAACAAGUUCCCGUAGUUCCAGGCGGCAGAUUUCCAAGCGAUGGUGUCCGAAUUGAAUAUUCUUUAGUGUUGUUCAUCUUCAUGACAUGUUUAGUUAUGGGAUCAUGUUUUCUUUAGACUCCAAAUUUUAAUUUGUAACCUAUUUCUCUCUCUCUCUCUUUUUAGUUUGUUGAAUUAUUUUGUUUAAUACAAUUAUUGCUGAUCGGUUUUGGUUAAUAAUAAUACGAACGUAGCUCAAAGAUUCGCUAGUUGUAGUAAUACAUUCCUUGGGGUGCA